UGCUACUUCAGUAAUAUUGGUUAUCUUUAGAAUCCCAUCAAACGGGUGAGCCUUUUUAAGAGGGUCUGGUGACAUUGUUUUCAGGUCCUUCCAUUUUGUCCUAUUUCCAGGGUAAGCACAAUUAGCUUGACUUGGGGUUUCUCUCUCCUUAUAAAAAGCCUUUCAAUUGAAUGUUCGUCUGUCAGUGAUGGAGGAAUCAGGACACAGGGCUGGAUAAAUAGCAUACCUGGUGUGGUGGUAAUAUAUUCUCCCUCGAUGUGUUAACGAUUUUUACACCUUUGUGGUCUUUACGGGGGUUUAUGUAUGUUAUCUUUUUGUGUUCUGGAGGGCUGUGAUCACCUGCUGUAUGUACAACAUGUGUUUGUUACAUUUGUACACCAUCUCCCUUCUUGAAUUUAAACACCUAGCUAUUACGUCUUGUUUACUCAGUAUCAUCCCCCAUUCGGAAAAGAAAAAAAAAAAACUGCAAGAACUGAACAUGCCAUGUUUCAAUCUGGCCCCAGUGGCUUUUUCUGAGAGCAAAACGUGUGUCUUUUACACCAGGGCUUUUUCCCCACCCCAGGGGGUGUCUUCCAUUCUUUUGUGGCUCAGUUUAAGGCGAAAAGGGCUCCAAACCACUAACUAAGCAGAAGGGAGCCCCUUCUUCCACCUGCAGGGAGAAUUUCAGGUUUAAUUUAUCUGAAGAUAGCGUGCUCUCUUCUUAUUUGCCACCAUUACGAGGAUAACAAAACACCACCUUGGCUUCAAGAUCCUGGUGGAGGCUCACGGGCUUUCUCAACCAUCUUUGGCGAGGCCUUGCUUCCUUCCACUCGAGGUAUGUUCUGUUUUGUGCUUUUCCUUUUAGAAGCUACUAAAGGGUGUUGGGGAUACUUCUGACUAUUAUGAAGGCCAAAAGGCCUGUUGACUGGGGCUGCUUUUAACCCUUUCAUAUUUGCAGAGAAUGCGACCGUGUGACAGUAACUGAACAUUGGUCCAGAGUCUUCCCAAAAGGUCAAGGUUCACAAGAACACCUGAUCACAUUCAUGACCAUGGGGGAUAUGAAGACCCCAGACUUUGAUGACCUCCUGGCAGCGUUUGACAUCCCAGAUAUGGUCGAUCCGAAAGCAGCCAUUGAGUCUGGACACGAUGAGCAGGAGACCCACAUCAAGCAGCAUGCUCAUGCAGACGACGACUCCCACACACCAUCCUCUUCCGACGUGGGUGUCAGCGUUAUCGUUAAGAAUGUUCGUAACAUCGAUUCCUCCGAGGGCGCGGAGAAAGAUGGCCACAAUCCCACAGGCAAUGGCUUGCAUAAUGGGUUUCUCACCACAUCCUCUCUUGACAGUUACAAUAAAGGUGGAUCGAAGUCCUUGAAGGGAGAUGUGCCUACCUCAGAGGUGACUUUAAAAGACUCAACUUUCAGCCAGUUUAGCCCUAUCUCAAGUGCUGAAGAAUUUGAUGAUGAUGAGAAGAUUGAGGUGGAUGACCCCCCUGAUAAAGAGGACAUGCGUCCAGGUUUCAGAUCGAAUGUGCUGACGGGCUCGGCUCCCCAGCCGGACUAUGAUAAACUGAAGGCACUUGGAGGGGAAAACUUAAGUAAAACCGGAAUCUCUACUUCAGGCAAUACAGAUAAAAACAAAGUUGCUAAGAGAGAAACAGAAACAAAUUCUAUAAAUCUGAGUGUUUAUGAACCUUUCAAAGUCAGAAAAGUAGAGGACAAAUUGAAGGAAAACUCUGAAAAGGUGCUUGAAAACAGGGUCCACGACGGGAAGCCGAGCUCCGAGAAGAAUGAUGCCACCCUUAGCAGCGUCGCACCGUCGAGGACAAAGCCAUCUUCCAAGCUUUCUUCAUGUAUAGCUGCAAUCGCAGCACUUAGUGCUAAAAAGGCUGCUUCAGACUCCUGCAAAGAACCAGUGACCAAUUCACGGGAAUCCUCCCCAUUACCAAAAGAAGUAAAUGAUAGUCCUAGGGCCAUUGAGAAGUCUCCUGAAUCCCAGAGUCUCAUUGAUGGGACAAAAAAGGCAUCCCUAAAGCAGCCGGAUAGUCCCAGGAGCAUUUCAAGUGAAAACAGUAGCAAGGGAUCACCAUCCUCUCCCGCGGGAUCGACACCAGCAAUUCCCAAAGUCCGCAUAAAAACCAUUAAGACAUCUUCUGGAGAAAUAAAGAGAACAGUGACAAGGGUAUUGCCAGAAGUUGAUCUCGACUCUGGAAAAAAGCCUUCUGAGCAGACAGGGUCCGUGAUGGCGUCUGUGACGUCACUUCUGUCGUCUCCAGCCUCGGCUGCCGUCCUUUCCUCUCCCCCCAGGGCACCACUGCAGUCGGCGGUCGUUACCAAUGCAGUUGCCCCUGCAGAGCUGACCCCCAAACAGGUCACUAUUAAGCCUGUGGCAACCGCCUUCCUUCCAGUGUCCGCCGUGAAGACAGCAGGAUCGCAAGUCAUUAAUUUGAAGCUCGCUAACAACACAACGGUCAAAGCCACGGUCAUAUCUGCCGCCUCUGUUCAGAGCGCCAGCAGCGCCAUCAUUAAAGCCGCCAACGCCAUCCAGCAGCAAACCGUUGUGGUGCCGGCUUCCAGCCUGGCCAGUGCCAAACUUGUGCCAAAGACUGUGCACCUCGCCAACCUUAACCUUCUGCCUCAGGGCGCCCAAGCCACCUCUGAGCUCCGCCAAGUGCUAACCAAACCUCAGCAGCAAAUAAAGCAGGCAAUAAUCAAUGCAGCAGCCUCGCAGCCACCCAAGAAGGUGUCUCGCGUCCAGGUGGUGUCCUCCUUGCAGAGUUCUGUGGUGGAAGCUUUCAACAAGGUGCUGAGUAGCGUCAACCCAGUCCCAGUUUACAUCCCCAACCUCAGCCCUCCUGCUAACGCAGGCAUCACGUUACCCACCCGUGGGUACAAGUGCUUGGAGUGUGGCGACUCCUUUGCUCUCGAGAAGAGUCUGACUCAGCACUACGACAGACGCAGCGUGCGCAUUGAAGUAACGUGUAACCACUGUACAAAGAACCUCGUUUUUUACAACAAGUGCAGUCUUCUUUCCCAUGCCCGGGGGCAUAAGGAGAAGGGAGUUGUGAUGCAGUGCUCCCACUUGAUUUUAAAGCCCGUCCCAGCAGAUCAAAUGAUUGUUUCUCCAUCAAGCAAUACUUCUGCUUCAUCUUCCACUCCUCUGAGCUCUGUGGGAGCCAGCACACACACUGUAACCAAAAUCCAGUCUGGCAUAACCGGGACGGUCAUAUCGGCUCCUUCAAGCACACCCAUCAUUCCAGCUAUGCCUCUGGAUGAAGACCCAUCCAAGCUCUGUAGGCAUAGUCUGAAAUGUUUGGAGUGUAACGAAGUUUUCCAGGAUGAGACAUCGCUGGCUACACACUUCCAGCAGGCUGCAGAUACGAGUGGACAAAAGACUUGCACUAUCUGCCAGAUGCUGCUUCCUAACCAGUGCAGUUAUGCAUCCCACCAGAGAAUUCAUCAGCACAAAUCUCCUUACACCUGCCCUGAAUGCGGGGCCAUCUGCAGAUCGGUGCACUUCCAGACCCACGUCACCAAGAACUGUCUGCACUACACCCGGCGAGUUGGUUUUCGAUGUGUACAUUGCAAUGUUGUGUACUCUGAUGUGGCCGCACUGAAGUCUCACAUCCAAGGUUCUCACUGUGAAGUCUUCUACAAGUGUCCCAUUUGUCCCAUGGCGUUUAAGUCUGCCCCAAGUACACAUUCCCAUGCCUACACACAACAUCCUGGCAUCAAGAUAGGAGAACCAAAUGUAUGGUCAGGCAUGUUUCCCUGCUGUCUACAAGGAAACUUUGAACACCCUUUAAUCUUUUCUGGAAUAAUAUAUAAGUGUUCCAUGUGCGACACUGUAUUUACCCUGCAAACUCUGCUGUAUCGCCACUUUGACCAACACAUCGAAAACCAGAAGGUGUCUGUUUUCAAGUGUCCAGACUGUUCUCUUUUAUAUGCACAGAAGCAACUCAUGAUGGACCAUAUCAAGUCUAUGCAUGGAACAUUGAAAAGUAUUGAAGGGCCUCCAAACUUGGGUAUAAACUUGCCUUUGAGCAUUAAGCCUGCAACUCAAAAUUCAGCAAAUCAAAACAAAGAGGACACCAGAGCCAUGAAUGGGAAAGAGAAAUUGGAAAAGAAAUCUCCAUCACCUGUGAAAAAGUCAGUGGAACCCAAGAAGGUGGCCAGUCCUGGGUGGACGUGUUGGGAGUGUGACCGCUUAUUCACACAAAGAGAUGUUUACAUUUCCCACGUGAGGAAGGAGCACGGGAAGCAAAUGAAGAAACACCCCUGCCGCCAGUGUGACAAAUCUUUCAGCUCAUCACACAGCCUGUGCCGUCACAACCGGAUCAAGCACAAAGGCAUCAGGAAAGUUUAUACCUGCUCGCACUGCCCAGACUCCAGGCGUACCUUCACGAAACGGUUGAUGCUGGAGAAACACAUCCAACUCAUGCACGGUAUUAAGGAUCCUGACUUGAAAGAAAUGACUGAAGCCACCAAUGAGGAGGAAACAGAAAUAAAAGAAGAUACCAAGGUUCCCAGUCCCAAGCGGAAGUUGGAAGAACCAGUUUUAGAGUUCAGACCUCCCAGAGGAGCAAUUACUCAACCACUGAAAAAGCUAAAGAUAAACGUUUUUAAGGUUCACAAAUGUGCUGUGUGUGGCUUCACCACCGAAAACCUGCUGCAGUUUCACGAACACAUCCCUCAGCACAAAUCGGACGGCUCGUCCUACCAGUGCCGGGAGUGCGGCCUCUGCUACACGUCUCACGUCUCCCUGUCCAGGCACCUCUUCAUCGUGCAUAAGCUGAAGGAGCCGCAGCCAGCGUCCAAGCAGAACGGCUCCGGGGAGGACAGCCAGCAAGAGAAUAAGCCCAGCCGUGAGGACGAGACGGCCGACGGCGCGGUGUCAGACCGAAAGUGCAAAGUGUGUGCAAAAACAUUUGAAACGGAAGCUGCCUUAAACGCUCACAUGCGGACACACGGCAUGGCCUUCAUUAAAUCCAAAAGAGUGAGUUCAGCCGAGAAAUAGCCACAGACCUUCCAGAGGGAAGAUCCCUGUCCACAUUGGAAUUAAAAAAGACACUUUUGUUACGGAAAGUUCACAGUAUAUUAGAGUUAACAGUACUGUCUAGGCUGUUGCAAUAUAUUCUCUUUCAAUGUAACUUCUCCACCUCGUCGUGUAUAUCCUCGAUAAGUAUUAAAACAGUAUUUGAGUUUAAAAGAGUUUGUAUAUAUUUAAAUGAAUAACUUUUUAUACUCUUUGUUACAUGUUUGUAUCAGUAUUUAGUGGAAAAUACUUUGAGUUUUGUUUUGGUUUUCUUUUUUUGGGGUUAAUUAGACUUUUUCUUUUUGUACCGUUUCUUUAAAACCAACUUCUUAGUAACAGGGGCAGUUCCUGAAUUCAAAUAAACCAUUUUGUAUGUUACAGAUUUGAAUGGGUUAGCUAAUUACAGGCUAAGAUAAUGCCUUUUUUAGUGUUUUUAAUUUUUAGACUUCACUACAUAAACUGUAGGUGAUUGUGGGUCUCGAAAACACUAGGGACUUUUAAGUGUCUUAGCACUACCCUCAACGUGCCUGCUCAAAUGAGUGCGCUCUCAGACAGAAAUGCACUCCGGCGUGUGGCGUUUUUUCUUUCCAGGCCACGGCAAGCGGUGUUGAAAGCGGCCUUGUAGGUAGCUUCUUUCCCAGUGGUGGACAAAAACGUAGGCCAGAAAUCCAGUAAGGAAUGUGGAUUUUCCUUAAUUCCACCAUAGAAUGGGGAAGACAGGUGUUCUGAAGGCAAAAAUGGGGACUGAUUGUUCUCUGGGCGCAUCUGCAAGGCUGGCUUAAAGAGCACAAGGAGGUAAAAGUUGUGAAAGGGCUGGAGUACUGUAACAGUUACGAAUGUGUAGUUAGACCAAUAGAUUUACAUUGUCAGGUUUUUCUCGUGAUUUAUUAAUUAACUAUUACAAAAACUCAACAGAAAAUAUCAAGUAUUUCUCUGGCUCUUGACAGGAAAAAAAAAGAAAUCACAGUUGACUUAAGCCUUUGCUGUCUAAAAGAGUUGGCAUUUCCUGAUCUGGGUGCUACUGCCAAACGUUCUGGUACUUAGAGUUGGGAUGCGCAACUUCAACCACCGACUUAUCAAUGCAGCAGCUCGUGUGUCACAACUGGCCAUUAGAUUAAGCACUGAGCCGCCUGGUUUUCGUUCAGUCGUGUCAACAGGUCCCUUUAAUAUCAGUAGUUCUGCUUCAUUGAAGUGCAGCUGAGGUACUUACUCUUCUGUCCCUUCCAUUUAUAGUUCUCUGGGAGAGUUAUAUUUUUCAGUUUUUGUUUUAUGUUUUCUUUUGCAUUUUAUAUCUUGUAUUUAUCCCUAAACAUGUUUUGUACUUUUUUUUUUUUUUAAGAAAAAUUCUUUUGUGUAUAUAUAGAUACUUGCAUGAUAUACUGUAGUCAAUGUUCGGUUCCUCAAAAGGUCUUGCUGCUGUCAGGUGUUAAUGCACUACAUCCAUCAUAACUGUAUUAAACACAUUUCAUAUGUAAAUAAACAUGGGACAUUUGGCCCUUGUG